AUGGCGUCACCGGGGCCGUCCACAUCCCAGGAAAAACAGCCAGAGCGCAUGGGAUCGUCAACCAACGACCACCAGAGUGCGGCGCUGCUGGGUAACCCGGACGCGAACAGCUCGCGGACGCUGAUCGGCAAGGUCUCCGACUUCCGGCGCAUGUCGGCCGUACUGGAGACGCUGGCCGUGGCCGGUCAGAAGAGCACGCCGCUGCGGCAGGUGGUCGAGGACGCGUCCGAGCGCACACUGCAGGUGGAGCGCAGCGUCGCGGAGAUGCCGCGUCACGGAGGUCACAAGCUGGAGGCGCGCAUCCUCGUCGGUGCCAUGCCGUUCCGCUGCGCCGCCUACGAGUUUGUCGAGUCGCGCUUCUUCUCCACAUUUAUCCUGGUGAUCAUCUUGCUAAACACAGUGACGCUGAUUCUGAAGUGCUUCAAGUAUAUCAGCAUCAACUCCGGCAUCUACAUGGUCGUCAUCGAGAACGUCUUUCUCGGCAUCUACCUCACGGAGGCGACGAUGAAGCUCAUCGCCUACAAGCAGUACUACUUCUACACUUUCUGGAACUGCCUCGAUUUCUUCAUCAUCGUCAACAACUUGGCCGAGUUCGUGCUACCCUUGCUUCUGGAAACUGGCGACAUCGGCGGCAUGGGCAUCCUCAGGCUGUUCCGCAUCUUCAAGGCGAUCCGCGCGCUGCGAGCACUGCGCGUGCUGCGCACGAUCCGCUUCCUGAGCUCGCUGAACGUCAUCCUGACCACCAUGUUCGAGUCGAUCCAGUCCAUCGGCUCCAUCGUCGUGCUGAUGGCGGUCGUCAUGUACAUGUUCUCCGUGAUGGGCAAGUCGCUGUUCGAGUCCAUCGACCACCGGCGCUUCGGCAGUCUGUGGGCCACCUUCCUCACCCUGUUCCAGCUGCUGACGCUCGACGACUGGUUCUUCAUCUACACCGAGAACGGCUCCGACACGGCCCUCUUCUUCUACCUCUUCUUCUACAUCGUCGUCGAGUACUUUGUCUUCCUCAACCUCUUCGUGGCUGUCCUGCUGGACAACUUCCAACUGACGCUCGAGAUCUCCACGCAGGAGCGGAAGCGCGCCCGGCACGCCACGCUGAUGCGCGACAUGCACGACUCGGACGCGGACAGCGACUGGGAGGCGGCCGAGGGCGAGACGAAGGACAAACAGUCGCGACGGGCCACGUCUGCCUACUACAGCGAGCUGAGCGGCGCGGGCGCUGCCGGACAGGACCGCUACCUGCAGCUGCUGGCGGCGCUGGAGCUGCACCUGUACCAGCACCAGAAGCAGCAGUCGCUCGUCAACCACCAGGUCGACCUCUGCAUGUUCGAGGAGACCCAGGAGUAG